AGUAGGUACCUAACAAUCAGUUGUGGCCCUUAUUCCAUCGUGAAAAGAUGAUUCUACUUAUCUCAAUAAUUCUAUUUGUGACCAUAUAUUUUUAUAUUAACUCAAGUCGAAAUUACUGGGCUAAGAGAAAUGUAAAACACGAAAUGCCGAUACCAUUGUUCGGGAAUCACUUGGCGAAUUUCUUCGGACUUAAGAGUAUGGGUUGCAUAGCUUCCGACCUGUAUGAUAAAUAUCCCAAUGAAAAAGUUGUGGGAUACUUUCGCGGACCAACGCCCGAGUUAAUUAUUAGGGAUCCAGAGAUAGCAAGACAUAUCUUAAACUUGGACUUCGGACAUUUUUAUCCUCGUGGCUUGGCAAGGAACGAGAAGAAAGAAUUUCUGGUGAAGAACCUCUUCCAUGCUGAUGGUGACUCGUGGAAACUUCUACGGCAAAGAAUAACCCCAGCGUUCACAACAGCAAAACUGAAAGCUAUGUUUCCCUUAAUCAUUACAUGCGCGGAAAAGCUUCAACGAUUAGGUGAAGGAAUAGUGUACAAGGGAGGAGAAUGUGAUAUACGUGAGCUGAUGGCUCGGUUUUCUACUGAGUUUAUCGGCGCUUGCGGCUUUGGUAUUGAAAUGGAUGCAAUCAAUAAUGAAAACUCUGUAUUCAGACGAUUAGGCAAGAGAAUGUUUGACCGUUCAUUAAAAGAAAUGUUUUUGGCGGGCUUAUGGGACAUAUUUCCAGCGCUCAGAAAAACACUUCGCUUAGUUGACAAGAAAGUAGAGAAAGCGCUAGCUGAUAUAAGCAUAAACAUUUUUGAGCAACGAAAUUACAAGCCAUCGGGACGGAACGAUUUUGUCGACUUGCUUCUAGAACUGGCAGCAAAUGGAAAAAUAGUUGGAGAUUCUAUUGAGCACAGAAACCCGGAUGGAUCACCCAAGGAAGCUGAAAUGGAGAUGGAUCUCCAGUGUUUGGUGGCACAGGUAUUCGUAUUUUUUGCAGCCGGUUUUGAAACAUCCUCAUCGGCCACGAGUUAUACCUUACAUGAACUUGCUUUUAAUUCAGAAGUUCAAAAUGAAAUACAGAAUGAAAUCGACCAGGUGCUCUCAAGGUACGACAAUAAACUGUGCUAUGAUGCUAUAGCAGAAAUGAGCCUCUUAGAUAUGGCACUCAAAGAGUCCUUAAGAAUAUUUCCUGCAUUAGCGAUCCUACAAAGAGUUUGUGCAAGCAAAUAUACAAUUCCUCAACUUGACAUCACUCUGGACCCUGGGGUGAAAAUCAUUAUUCCUGUUCAAGCGAUACAAAAUGAUGAACAAUACUUUCCAAAUCCCAGUGAAUUCAGACCCGAAAGAUUCACCGCUAAAGAAGUAAAUGCACGACCAAAAUACGUUUACAUGCCAUUUGGUGAGGGUCCUCGAGCAUGUAUUGGCACUAGACUCGGCCAAAUGCAGUCGCUAGCAGGACUCGCGGCCAUCUUGCACAAGUUCUCCGUGGAGCCUGCGGAGAAGACCCAAAGGAAACUGCGCCUGAACCAUCGCCUCAAUGUGGUGCAAGGCGUGUUAGGAGAGCAUCUUCAAAAGUUGGGCUUCCGUGUAGACCUGGUUCCUGUGGACUACACCAACUACUGCAUGCUGGAGAUGUGUGGCCAUGAAGUGUUUAGAUGCAACAUAAAAAACCUCUCCUUCAACACUCCGUCAGAGCGUGACCCGGUCUGCCGUCGUGCCAUCAACGCGGUCGUAGAAGCAAGCACCAAGUUCCUCAGAACCAGGAGCUAUCUGUGGUCCUGGGCGCUCAUAGACGACCAGAUAUUCAGGAGGAGCGAAUAUGCUCCGAAAGACUUCUGGCCUUUCGAUGUGGAGAAGAAUUUCGAUACGUGUCUCGAAUGUACGCAGUGUUGCGGGAUCAUUAAAAAAGCCACUUAAUUUUUAAGUGGACUAGCUGGGUAAAUUUUACUAAACAUAUUUUAUUAUAAACAGCAGAACCUACCUAGGUAUUUUAUUAAACAUAAAGAUUUCAUUCAAUACCUAUGCAGUUAAAAAAGUAUAUUUUAUUAUAAUUAAACUAGCUGAUGCCCGUGACUUCAUUCGCGUGGAUAUGGGGUUUUUAAAAAUCCCGUAGGAACUCUCUAAUUUUCCGGGAUAAAAAGUAGCCUAUGUCCUUUCUCGGGGUGUAUCCCAAGUUUAUGCCAAACAUUAAAAUCGGUUGAGUGGUUGGGCCGUGAAAACAGACCGACACAAUUUCGCAUUUAUAAAUUAUAGUAUGGAUGAUUACACUUACCUACUUACCUAUCUUAAUUAUAAAGAGAUUAUAAUGAAACUUUCUAAUUAAUUGCAACGCACCUAACAGCAAAACACUGGAAGGAAAAGAAAGUCUUAAAGGAAAUAUAAGUAAGAGAAACAACACUGAUUUUGGAUUUGUUAUAUUGAAACAAGUUACAAGACUCCCGAAUUCAGUCCGCUAACAACAAAUUCAUUACAUUAUAAUAUUUUAGACUCAGUCAAUAAAUCUUAGCAGUAUAAUCCGAUUUCGUAAUAGAAAUCGUAACAUAGCGCAUUGGAACACAAUUUAUUCGAUUCAUAUUCAGUUUUUUAAUUUAAAGUAUGUACAAGUACAUUAUACUUUAUUUUAUAAUAAAGCCAUGGGUAAUAUUCUUUUAAAAAAAGUAGUUUCGUAUGCAUAUUUUUGUUGUAAUUUUAUAAAUAAAAUCUUUCUUCGAACAUUUUGCCUCUUUACUGUGUACUAGUACAGAUAAUUAAAAAAAAAUAUAUCAUUACUUGUAGGUAUCUACAACUGUUUAUUUCAUUCAGAAUUCAAAUUAUGAUUUGGAUUGAAAUUGUUAUAAUUAAAAACGAAUUUUAAAAAACUUAAAUAAAUUCAGAUAAAAAUCUAAAAUAUUUUAAAUAAUCCUUCAAAAAUCAGUUUGUGUUAUAACGGUUUCGAUUUCUGUUAGAAUCAAAUAAAACUGCCAAGGUAUAACAUUGGUUUUAUAUUUCAUCUCUCUCUUCUACGUGGUGUCUCUUUUACAUAAGAAAGAGUCAACUAGCUUUAUAUUACAUACAUUUCAAUGUUCCCGGUACAAAUGGGGAGCCAUUUCUCAUAAAACCAUCCAACUAUUCAUGUAGGGUUUAUUCCAAACCAAUUUGUAUGAAAACACAAGAAGUUUAACCCUAUAAACUUAAACUUAUUCAUAUUUUGAAAACUUCAUUGGCUGGGCAGCGCGUAUUGUUGCCCGAGAGUGAGCGAGAUAGCGAACAAGAUUUUAUAUACAAUUUGCAAGUAAGAAGCUUGGAUUCUGUUAGGCGUCCCACGAUACCUCAUGAUUUUUUGAAAUAUUUUAGGCUUGGACCUCACUAGAGUUGCAUUCCCUUGUAAAAACUGAUCAAUUUAAAACAAAAACCAAAUAAAUUUUAAUCAAAUAGUUGUUAAAAUAAAUAAACAACUAUCAGACAUAUCACGUAAUAUUUAUCUUUGAUCAAUUUUGAGCACUUUGAUUCAUGUAAUUUACUAAAAUAUUAUCAGUAAAUCGCAAAUGAGACGUUUACUAAAAUAGCUUGAGAAAUAUUUUGCGUGUAUUCAUUGAUUCUAUCAAUCAUAACGAUUCGAUAGUGUUAUCAUUAUUGUUUUAAGAUAUCGGUAGUAUCUUAAAUAUUCGAUAUUAAAUACUUAAUAUGGAAGUAUCUACUAUGUUUAAUAUAGAAAUAUUUACUUUGCAAUAUCAUAAAGGGACGUCACAGCUUUGUUAAAAAAAAAUGUACAUGAUGAAAGCAAAUAACUAAAAAAAGUUUCUAUAAGCUUUCAAUACUUAGAUGAAAAGAUAUUAUUUUUUCACUCGCAACACUAGUACAGUAUGAUUGUACAUUAGAUCCAAGUGCCUUAGUAAAUUUUUUGUUCAUUUUGCAAUAUAAUAUAUUUAACAAAUUGAUUUGGAAUCACUUAUAAUUUAAUAUUCAAUUUACAAUCGAAUAUCGAUAGGCAUAAAUAAGAUUAAAAUUAACAGUAAUUAAAUACACCUAAAACCGAAAUAGUAUACAAUAAAAAAGGUCAUCUUAUUGCAUCAAUUACAUAUAUUUUAAUUGUAACUCGUGCCAAUAAAGAAACGAAUCGAAACGAAAUAGCGCUAAGCAUUGUCUCACUCACACUCUGUACACCGGUAUAGUGUGUAAAUGAGAGGGAAUUAUUUUGAUUUGUUUCUUUUUUUUUCUCUCGUCUAGCAUUUGUUUCUUUAUUAACACGAGUUAUAUAAGGACAAAUCUAGCUGAAACCCGCAUCUCUGAAAUAUUCGCAAAGGAGUAAGUGACUAAGUAAGGAAAAUGCGCGGGAACGUCUUGGUCGCCCAAAUAAGACGCUCUCCUAACAUUUCGUAUGACACGUUCAAAGGGAAUGCCGCUAACGUUUUUCAGCCCGCGGAUUUUCACUAGAUUUGUCCUUGGCCUUAAAAUUAUUCACGAUACUUGGCCUUUACAGACACGCCCUAGAAAUUGCUAAAGUAAUAAAAAAAUAAAAGC